AUGCUUUCAUUACAAUCAUCAUUGCUACUUAAUCGUUCACCAUCCUCUCCUUGUCUAUCAUUCAAUCGAAUCAAAUGCGGUAUCGAUUUCCCAAAGUUACCUAGAAUUUCCUUAUUCUCAGUUCAAAAAGAAUCUAAAAGAAGUAUUUUAAUUAAGGAAAAUAAUAUUGGAAACACAAAUGAAGAUGAUGAAAAUUUAUAUAAUUCUAAAAAUUCUAAUAUUGCUACUAUUAAACUCUAUGCAAUUUUAGAAGCAGUAUGUGACAGAAUUGAAAUGCAUAACAACAUAGGACAACAACGUGACAAUUGGAACAUUCUUUUGUUAAACUCAAUCAACAUGAUAACACUCACAGCUUCAACCAUGUCUGCUAUUGCAUGUUGUUCUGGAUCUGAUGAUAAACCUCUUUUGGCUUUGAAACUAUCUUCUUCUCUGUUGUUCACUGUCGCCACUGGAAUGUUACUUGUCAUGAACAAAAUCCAACCUUCACAACUUGCUGAAGAACAACGGAACGCUACGAGACUCUUUAAACAGCUUCAUUUACAAAUCCAAACAAAAAUAUCACUCGGUAAUAAUAAUCAUAUUGAAGGUGAUGUGAGGGAUGCAAUUGAGAAAGUUUUGGCUAUUGAUAAAGCUUAUCCACUUCCUUUGUUGGGAGGAAAAAUGGUUGAGAAAUUUCCAUCCAAAUUUGAAGCUUCUUGUUGGUGGCCAUGUCAUAGGAAAAUUCCUAGAGUGAAUAACAAUAAGAUAGAGAGCAAUAAUGGGUGGAAUUUGGAGUUGGAGAAUGAACUGAAGGAGAUUAUUGAAGUCAUAAAGAGAAAAGAUAUUGAGGAUUAUGAUAGAUUGGGAAAUAUUGCAUUAAAGAUUAACAAGAGUUUAGCUAUUUUAGGACCUUUGUUAACAGGAACUGCAGCUAUAGGGUGUUUCUUUGUAGAUUUUAUUCCUGUUUUUGGUGGCGGUUUGGCGACUGUUGUUAAUAGUUUUGAGCAUGGAGGACAAGUUGGUAUGGUGUUUGAAAUGUAUAGAAACUGUGGUGGAUAUUUUGAGCUUUUGGAAGAGAUGGUUGAAGAAACUAUUGAAGAGAGAGAUUUGAAUGAAAGAGAAAAUGGAGAAGUGUUUGAAAUGAAAAUGGCUUUGUCAUUGGGAAGAAGUGUAAUAGAGAUGAGAGAACUUGCCUCAAAAUCUGCUUCAUGUCGUGUUGAAGAACGUGAGAUAGAUGAAUUCGCCAACAAACUCUUCUGA